CCUUCUUGUCCUCAAUCCUCGCGAUAGGUGCGGCAGCUGCAGUGAAGUGUGGCUGAGGGAGUGGAGGAGCCCGCAGCGCGGAUGUUUGUUUGUUUUUUGUUUGUUUUUUUCACCUUUUAAAACUGUGUGUAACUGAUGAAACUAACGUCAGCAUCGUGUUUUACUGAGAAAUAAACCAGAAGAAACUAAAGGUGGUGACUUUUAGUGAAGAGCAGUGAUGGAGUGCAGCUCGAGCUGUGGAUAAAUAAAGUUUAAGCUGAUAUUUUUGGGGGGGUUAAAGUUGCUUAAAAGUCGUGCAUAUGCGCAAUUUAGCCGUUAAUGCGCAGUUUUGUUGCGCAAAAAAAAAAAAAAAAAAAGUAGAAGCUGAACGAAAGUGAGAUAAAAAGCGAAAAUAAAAGGAGCUGCUGUGGAAGUUGUAAUCGCUCUACGGGCUUUAAUGUGAUCGACUAAUGGGAUUAUUUUCUCCCUCCAUCACGGCUGCUGAUGUGUUAACGGCUCGUUACCGGGAGAAGUAACGCGGUAACGGCUGCCCCCGUGUGCGCGAGCGAGAGAGAGAGAGAGAGAGAGAGAGAGAGAGAGAGAUGCUUGGUGGCCACGUCCCCUUGGAGACCGAGACAACACGUGAUGAGCUUUACUUAUCAGGUUUAGAGGGAGAGAGACACCGAGAGAGAGAGAGAGAGAGAGAGAGAGAGAGAGAGAGACGGGAGUCCGGAGAGGAAUUAAAAUAAAAACAAGUUAAAGACCAAACACUUUCCUCUCGACGACUUCUUCUUUCCUCGAGUUUUUUUUUUUUUUUUUGUUGUGUGUUUUCUCUCUUUCCUCCGGGAGAGGAGAGAGAAGGGAGGAAGAGAAGCGGUAGAGGAGGAGGAGGAGGUUGUGGAGGAGGGAGGGGAGGGGAGGAGGAGGAGGAGGAGAAGCCGGAGUAAAGUUUGUCCAAGUUUGCACAUCCCUUCGGAAACGCCAUUUUGAUUCCUCUCCUCUCCGGAGCGAGUUUGCAGCCUCUCUCUCUCCCUUCUUUUUUUUUUCUUCAUCCCCCUUUAUCAUCCACCAUCACCGCCGUUCAUCAUCAUCAUCAUCAUCAUCGCCCCCACCACCACCACCAUCAUCAUCCUCGCCACGAUGUCUCGGCGCAAGCAGCCCAACCCCAACAAAGUCAAACUGUGAGCAGUGGUUGCAGACACACACACAACAAACCCCGCCCCCUCCCGCCCCGCCCCGAGACACGAGCGAACGAACGAACGAGCGAACGAACGUUGCUUUACGAAAAGGACGGCAGUCAUGGAAAACUCCACAGAGGAGCUGAAAGAAGGGGGAGGAGCCAACACUGAGAUAACCGAGGAGGAGGCGGAGCUAACAGAGGAGAAAACGCACAAUAACCUCAAAGGAGCAAUCAACGGAGUGAUGGAGGCGGCAGCGAGCGGAGGAGAGAAGCUUCAGAAUGGAGACCGAGGAGGAGGAGGAGGAGGAGGAGGAGGAGGGAUCAUGGGAGCUGAAGGAGGAGGUGACCUGUCCUCCAUCAACGCCAUGAUGUCAACAGUGAUGUCGGCAGCAGGGACCAUUAAUGGAGCAGGAGAUGGAGAAGGAGAAGGAGAGAGCGGAGUCACCUCCGCCAACUCCUCGGCCGGCCCCUCCCCAAGCCCCUCCCCCAGCAAGUCGCUCACCGCAGCCAUGAGAGCCCCACCCAGCCGCAACGCACGGCGAACCCAGGACACCAAAGAGGAAAGCGGAGCUUUGAUCUGUCCACUGUGUGACAAGAGCUGUCAAACACAACACCAGCUCACCAUGCACAUCAGACAGCACAACGCCGACACCGGAGCGUCCGACCACUCCUGCAGCAUCUGUGGGAAGUGCCUGAGCUCGGCGUCGUCGCUGGACAGACACAUGCUGGUCCACAGCGGGGAGAGACCCUACAAGUGCAGCAUCUGUGGACAGACCUUCACCACCAACGGCAACAUGCACAGACAUAUGAAGAUCCACGAGAAGGACCCGGCCAGCGGCCUGCUUCCCGUCAGCCCCCCCUCCCCCACCAAACGCCGCCGUCCGUCCGUCAAGAGGAGGCAGGGACCGGAGGAGGAGACCGGAGAGGAGCCGCCCAGCAAGAAGGUGGUGGAGGACGCGGCGGCGGAGGAGUCGGCGGCGGUGGUCCGCGGGUCAGAGGAGGAGCUGCUGCCCUGUCCCAUCUGCUUCAAGACCUGCAGCUCCAGACUGGAGCUGGACGCACACAUGGACACACACCCCGACACCGCACUGAGGUGUGAUUUCUGCUGCCUUUCUUUCCGAACUCACCGCGGGUUGUUGCGUCACAACGCGGCAGUUCAUAAGCUCCUCCCUCAAGACCCCAGCGGCCGCCCCUUCAUCCAAAACAACCCCUCCAUCCCCACGGGCUUCAACGACCUGGCCUUCAUCGACUUCUCCUGCAAGAAGUUUGCUCACAUUGCACAGGUUUGGUGCGAGACGAAUCUUCGCCGCUGCAUCAGUAAGUUCCACCGGUUCGUCUGUGACACUUGUGACAAGGCGUUCCCCCUUCGCUCGGCCCUCGAGCUCCAUAAAACCACCUCCCACCCGGACAAGCCCGCCGACACGGAGGAAAAUGCAGAGGAGGCCGAAGAAGAUGAAGCUGCAGAAAAUGGUGCCGAUAAGGACGGUCAAGACGUAGAGAAAGAAGCUCUGCCAUCGGAGCAGGCCAGCUUCUUGGAAGCGCUCGGGCUUCAGCACAUUUCCACAGUGAAGUCUGGUCCGACAGACGACGAGAUCCACCAGGCUCAUCUGGACAGCAUCAAGGUGAUCCACGUGGAGCCGCCGUGCUCCAGCCUCCCCCAGGAGCCGGCCUCCGCCUACCUGUCCGGAGGUCUGGGGCUGACCCUGGGUCUGGGUAUGGGCGGUCUGACGGCCCUCAGCAUCCCGCUGCUGGAGGCCUCCGCCUUGCAGGGCCUCUCCCAGAAAGACGCCCUCAGCCUGCUGUCCCUGCAGCCCUUCCCGACCGGCUUCCUGCUGCAGCCCGACGGGGGCGCCACGGCGGCCAGCGCGGCGUCUUCAGGCGCCAAACCCAGUGAGGCGGGCGGAGCCGGGAUCAUGGAACUGGCCGACAUCCAGCAAAUUCUCAAAGUGGCGACCGCAGCGCCAAAUCAGAUGGGACUGACCCUCCCGCCUCUCGCCAAAGCUCCUGGAUUCACUGGAGGUCAAGGUCAAGUCCAGGCUCAGAAAGCGAUGCCUCCAUUGAAGCCCAAACCUCCAAUCACCCCUCGCUCCAGCCUCACAGCGACGACUCCGCCCCCCCUCCAGAGUUCCCAGCAGGCCUCACUGGGCUGCAUCAGCCCCAGCCUGCCACCCCCCACCCCCACCCUCUUCAAAACCCCUUCCUCAUCCUCCUCUUCCUCCUCGUCAGCUGGGAACGGAGGGCAGAUGGAUGCAGAGUGCAUGGGUGACGCUCACACGCCGCUGUCUGAUUCGCCUCCAGCUGCCACCACGGCUGUACACGAGGAGGCGGGGCUUAGCGGGAGGAAGCCAGGAACCAAAGGGGGGAACAACGCCGGCUCGGCUAGAGGCUCGUUCCCGUGUCGCUUCUGCGACCAGGUGUUUGCUUUCUCCGGCGUGCUGCAGGCUCACAUGCGCUUCCACCUCGGCAUCCUUCCUCAUCAGUGCAACAUCUGCGACUACGUAGCUCCGGACAAGGCGACGCUGAUCCGACACCUGCGCACUCACAGUGGCGAGCGGCCGUACGUCUGCCGGGUCUGUCAUUAUCCCUUCACUGUCAAGGCCAACUGCGAGCGCCACCUCAGGAAGAAGCACGCCAAGACCUCGAGGAAGGACAUCGAGAAAAACAUAAAGUACGUCACCUCCACCACUACAGCGAACAUCGCAGCGGCCAUCACCGCUGCAACCACCAACCCCACCCAGGACACGGAGACGGGCUGCGCCGGAGCUGAGACGACGUGCCGGUUCUGCGGCGAGGACCUGAAGACGUACCGGGCGCUGCAGAUCCACCUGCGCACGCACAACGGCUGCCAGAGGAAACCGUUUGAGUGUCGGCGAUGCGGCGCUGCCUUCCUGGCCAAACGCAACUGCAUCCACCACCUGCUGAAGCAGCACCCUGAGGUGCAGGAGAGGGAGAUCGAGGAUCAUAUCGCCACGCUCCAGCCGGCGGCCGUGCCGGUCGCCACCGUGGCCUCCGCACGAGCUGCUACGGUGAAUCCGAUGGUGCUGAACGGGAUCAGUCAGCCUCCGCUGCAGGCGGUGAAGGUGGAGGAGCUGCCCAGCGUGGUUUAUCCUGCAGAACUGGACCAGCCGCUGGACUUCUCCGCUAAAGGUCGUGGAACCGGCAGCCAGGCGGCGUCUCCUGGUGUCAAACUGGAGAGCGUCUCCCCCAGCUUUGACUGCUCCACCCUGGACCAGCCCAUCGACCUGUCCAUCCCCAGCAAGAGGCAGCGGAGAGACGGCGCCAACGGAGAGAGCAGGGAGAUCAAGACGGAGCAGAGCGGCAGCAGCAUCGUGGAGCAGCAGAACGCCAUGGCUCUGUCCAAGGACGAGAAGCCGGGGAGCUCCCUGCCUUCUCUACACCCCCACCCCCACCUCGGCUGCUACCAGCUCCCCCCUGGAUCCACCCUCCCCCCUGCCUCCCUCCCCAACCUCAACAACUCUGCUCGAGCGCAGCGCCUCAAACCGCUGCUGCCCAAACCGGCCUCCACCGCCUCCUCCUCGCCCUCCACCUCCCUGAAGGAGCUCCCUCCUCUGGCCUCCAUCGCUCAGAUCAUCCACUCCGUGUCCGGAGCUCCAGACCUGCUGAAGAGAGAGGCCCCCUCGCUGGAGGGAAAGCCCCAGGCCGUCGCUGCGUCCUCUCAGGCCGAUCCAGCCGCUGACGCCCCGGGACCCUCCGCUGGUCCGGAGACGCCGAGCGACGACACGUCUGAGGGAACGUCCAGAAAACGGUCCAGGAAGAAGACGGCUGCUCUGGCAGUGAAGGAGAAGACGACUGUUGUGAGCAGCGGCGGUGGCGGCAUCGAUCUGGAGUCCAGCGGCGAGUUCGCCAGCGUGGAGAAGAUGCUCGCCACCACCGACGCCAACAAGUUCAGCACCUACCUGCAGACCGGAGCUGCAGACCUGGGGGGAAAGAGAGAUGGAGACAGAGCAGGAGGAGGGGAGGAGAAGGAGGGAGGGGUGAAGGAGGAGGCGAAGCCUGUGGCGGCGGCGGUGCCUCCGCCCAAAGGGAAGAAGAACGCCUACUCCAACUCUGUCCAGAAGAUGACCUGCCCCUUCUGCCCCCGAGUGUUCCCCUGGGCCAGCUCCCUGCAGAGACACAUGCUGACACACACCGGUCAGAAGCCGUUCCCCUGUCCGAGGUGCGACGCCUUCUUCUCCACCAAAUCCAACUGUGAGCGCCACCUGCUGAGGAAACACGGCGUGACCCACAGGACGCUGCGACGCAACGGCGCCCUCAUGAAGAAAGACGGAGACGAAGGUUCACACGAGAGCGCAGAGAGUCAGUCGGAGACGGAGCAGGUUGCAUCAGAAGCACAAGACCUCAGCAGCAUCAGCACCUCCACAGACUCAGGCUCCGCCGCCACAGCGGGGAGCCCCGCCCCCUCCGAUGGACAGGGGGCGGUGUCGGCGAAAACAAGCCCCACCCCCAAAACAAGCCAAGGUUGCAGUCCGUCUGAGAGCGGCGCAGAGCAGUCCGAGUCAGACGCCACGGACCAGCCGGAGCAGCAGGGGGCGCCAGAGACCGCCGCAGCACCGGGGAAACAGCCCCCACUGACCAACAGCACCAAGGUGGAGAGCGCAGACGACGACGACUGCCACAGCAACAAAAGUCUGGACCUGAACUUCGGCAAAAAGCUCAUCGACUUCAAGCUCUCCACGUCGUCAGGCUCCGCUCAGGAAGAACAAACCUCCCAGCCCGCCUCCUCUUCAUCUCCCCCCUCAUCAUCCUCUACCUCUGCUCCCCAAGUCGCCACAGAGAGCCCAGAGAAGGAGGAGAAGGAGAAAAGUGCUGCGACCUCCUCCUCCUCUUCCUCCUCCUCCUCCUCCUCCUGCUCCGGCAGCCCGGCGGUGAAGCAGCAGCCCGAGUACAAACACGUCUGUCGGGUUUGUAAGAAGAGUUUCCGUUACGCCACCACCCUCGCUCGUCACGAGAGGGCGCACCUCUCUGAGGAGACGCCAGCUCCGGCACCAGAGGAGGAGACGCCGCCUCCGCCGGUGAAAGAGGAGGCGCCGGAGAGCGACGCCACCAAACCGACCGAGGAGGAGAAAGAGGAGGAGCAGAAGAAGGAAACGGAGAUGGAGGCGGAGGACGGAGGGCUGAAGGGAGGAGAGAGCGAGGUGGGGGAGAGCGGGGAGUCGGAGGAGGAGGAGAAGGAGAAGGAGGAGAGGAGCGACGAGGAGGCGGAGGCGUCAGAACCAAAGAGUCUGGAGGGAGGAGAGACGUCAGGAGGACGAGUCGACAAGAGGAAGAAGAUCUGUAACGUCUGCGGGAAAAGAUUCUGGUCCCUGCAGGACCUGACCCGACACAUGAGGUCACACACAGGUGAGCGACCCUACCAGUGUCAGACCUGCGAGCGGACUUUCACUCUGAAGCACAGUCUGGUCCGUCACCAAAGGAUCCACCUGAAACCCCGCGGAGCCGACGGAUCCUCCGCCGCCAACGACGACGCCAGCGAGGACGGAGACUCCUGCACCCCGACCCCGACGUCCACCUGCCCGCCCUCGGAGAACGAGAGCGAGUGCGGGAGCGCCGCCGCCGGGGCCAAGGAGCUGGAGGAGGACGACGUAAAAGAGGAGGGAGAGGGUCAGCAGGAGGUCGACGACGGAGCAGAAUCAGCCACGAUGGAGGAUGAGGAUGAGGAGGAGGAGGCGGAGGAGGAGGAGGAGAAACCAGCAGAGUCUGGAGCAGAUCCAGAACCGCCAACCGCCGCCGCUGCUUCUGAAGAGGCGGACGCAGAGGAAACAUCAGAACUUCCUGCGACGCAACAACCCUCCACCACCACGACUCCCAGCCAACAAGCUACUGACACAAAGACAACUACUAGCGACGACUCCUCAGCCAGCAACUUGAAAUCCACCCCCGACUCAAACACCUCCAAAGACCCCUCCCCCUCCUCCCCCUCCUCCUCCAGCCCUCCACCAGGGGAGGCCUCAGCGGCCGCCCCGGCUGAGGGCUUCAUCCAGGGGCUGCUGGAGAUCCACGCCAAGCCCUCUCUGGAGCACAUCCUGCCCAACGGAGAGCCUCCUCUGGUGGGGGUGGACUGAGAGGAGCCUCCCUCGGCUGCCUGAACCAACGUCACCACAGUGCCAUACGACGGAAAGACGCUACACCAUUGAUGAUGAUGAUGAUGAUGAUGAUGAUGCAAAAACUCGCCCGGAAAACUUUUUGAUAGAAAGACGAACACCUCGUUUUCUUGAAGUGCCUUACUACUAGUCCUACUUCUAUGAUGUUUUUUGCUAUAUCUUUAUCUGCAUUAUUACGGAGGAUGGAUCUAAUUUUUAUAGCUUUUUAUGAUGAUAAUGAUUUGCAUUACUAUUUUUUUGUGCGGGGAAUCUAUAUUUCAGCAAUAAAAAGAAUAAAGUUACGAUUUAUUAUUGUUCUAGAUUCUGUUUGAGAAUUUAUGAUCAACUUAGGAGACGCAGAGAGACAGACACAGACUGAGACGGACUGUCGGCGUCUGCGUUUAUUCUUCUGUAUUUAAAUCACAGCUGGGCUACAGCCUCACAUCAGACUGAACAAUCCAAUUUUAAGAUUUGAACCAGCUUUGGAUUUGAGAAUGAACUAGUCGGGGUGGGGAACUUGACUUUUUCUUUUUGGCCCGUCAGCCACAGCAGCGUUUCAAAAUUAAAAAAUCACCAACCAGAAAAUUGAAAGUGGAGGUGACGGCUGCUUCAGCCCGGGUUCACUCACCAGCAGACGGCCGCUGGUCGCCUCCCGCUGCGUCGCUGAGGAAGCUUUUUGUAACUGGAAACCCAGAAAGGCCAACGCCUCGUCGUCUUUUCUGGCUCGCUUCCGCACCGAUCCCCAUCUCUCGACUGGCUCUGAGAAAAACAACACACAAAAACAUUCACGAACUUGACAAAGUCGCACCAGAUUUCUGUGUGAAAACUCUUGAAAGGGCAGAAAAUAGUGUUGAUCAGUUUGUGUUCUCCAUGUUUUUUUGUUUUUGAUUUUUUUUUUUUUUAAACCCAUCACACUAUUGAUCCCUUCAUCCCUCAAAGCCACCCUGUGAGUUGGUUUGUGUGUUAAUAAUUUCUCAUUCAUAAUCAUUCUCAUUUGAUUCCAUGUGUGUACAGAGAGUUGAACAUUGGCAUGUGAUGCUAGAGUAUUUUCUGUUUUUCUGCGUGUGUGCGAUUAUCAGUGAUAUUUAGGUGUAGGGCGGGGAAUUCUUUUGUUUUGUGGAUUUUUUUAUAACUGAACAAAUCAAAAUUUUUUGUUGUGUAUGUGUGCGAAAGUGUGUGACUCCCACCUGUCUCUCAUCGUCGCCCCCUAGUGUUCAUUUAGGGUUUAUUACAGGGCCUCUGGUGUGCUAAUGUUUAUGGCCGCUAACACCUGACCCAGGUUCAGUUUACCUCAACCUCUGCUUUUUAACUGCAACCCUUAAAACAACAGACGAGCAGCACUGUAGGCAACCCUUUAAAUCCUAUGUCUUCCUAAACAGGCUAGCAGGGCUAAUUCUUUGCUAGCCUGGUUUCCACUGUGGGCCAAAUCAGAGCUAACCAGGGCUAACAUAUGGCUUCAAACAGCUAGCCAGGGCUAACAUGUCUAAGUCGGAACUGGCUUGGCUUGCACAAUGGCCCAAACAGAGCUAACAAGGCUAACUCGGUAUCAACAAUGGUAUAAAUUAUAAAUAGCAUGGGCUAAAGCAUUGCUAGCAUGGUUUACAGAAGUAACCCUAAUACACACAAGAAAAACAGCUUAACCUUCACCACGGCUUUUAAAAGGGCUAACACUAGCUAGCUGUAGUUAUUAGCCAGGGUUGACUAAAUGGACAUCAGCCACAGGGUCAAACACAUGCUAACUAGGGUUAACUCUCCAGAUCAGACAAGUUAACCAAGCUGCUAAGGCCUUAAAUGGGUUACAUUCUCGGGUACAGUUAGCUAGCCUUUGUUAGCUCUUAUUGUUAGCCUUAGCUUUGUACAGUGGGUCCUUAGAUAUCAACUACAGAGUAAAAGCACAUGCUAGUUAGGGCUAAAUAACCAGAGCAGAGAAGAUAGCCAAGCUAACACUGGCUUGGCUUGUUUAAAUUAGUUUGGUAUGGCCAGUUAGCUGUAGCUUGCGCUAAUCUUUAUCCUGAAUUUUGUGCAGUGGGCCCUUAGUUACCAAUCACAGGCUCAUAACACAUGCUAGUUUGGGCUAAAUGACUAGUGCAGGCAAGUUAACUAAGCUAACGUUGUGUUAAUAGCAGCUAAUGCAGGCCUAGCUAGUCUCCUUCCAGUAUUAUCACAGUAUAUCGACUCGGCCAUGGACAACUUUAGCACUGUGUGUCCCCCUUUAGCCCCGUCUUCUCCUACGUCAAAUCAGUCACAUCUUAGUAUUAAUGUAUUUGGCAUUAGUGACAAUCACUUUUAAUUUUCAAAUGAAAACAGAUGAAAUUAUAAAUGAAAGCCCUCAGUUGUAUCUCAAUAUGAUUUCCAGAAGGAGGUAGAUGCUAGGGUGAAAGGGAUGGAUGGAUGGAUGGAUGGAUGAAUGGAAGGACAGACGGAUGGAUGGAUAGGUUGGGGUGGGUGUGAGUGCAACACUAUUUUGUGUUCCUGAACUGUAUUACCCUGCUGCACACACAAACAAACACAAGUAAAAGGGCUGAAUCCUCCCCCUGCUUCAACCUAACCGGACAUAUCACAACAGAAACAGGCGGUGAAUUUGGAUCACCUACUGAUCCUGAUGUCACGACCAGAGGGACGGGUAGUGUGUAUGUGUAUUUUCUUUGUCGUGUGAAGAUGAAUAUAGCUAAUUUUUCUUCUUGUACAUUUUCAUCUGUUUAUUUUUAUAUCAUGCAACCUCAUAAGCAAAACGAAUCGAACCUCAGCGGCUCAUAACGAAACUGUAAGGCAACGACGGUCGGUCAUUAAGUCGGUCAGAAAGAAACAGAAAAAUAUUGAACAACCACAACUGGACUGACUGACUGACUGGACGCUGCUGUGAACUGGCACUAACAACUUCCAAAACUACUACUACUAUUACUACUUCUACUACUAGUACUACUACAGUGGAAUAUCGUGACACAAUCAAGAGGGAAAGAGAGUGAGAGUUUCCUUUAGUUGGUCCGUUCAUGGUCGAACUUGAAGUCCCUGUCCAACCCCAGAUGUUGUUUUGAACACCAGUUGAAUUUGACAUUUCCUUGAAAGCAGUUUAUUCACGUUGAAAUAUCAGUUUCUCUAGUGCAGAGUGGCUUUAACAUGUUGCUUCUGCUCUCCAGUUCAGUCUAAAUGGUCACCUUCCAUCAAAAAUUAAAACCUACAAAUCAGAAUACAGUUUAAGUUACAAAGGAACCGGAAAUUAAACAUAUAGUUAUUAUUUCUGUAUCGGGUUUCAUGUUUGGAGUAGACUGGAUCCAAUAGUACAGGGCCGAGAAAGUUUGAUUUUGGUCUGAAUCAAAAUCAAUCUUUUGAUUUUUCAACAGCAAUGUCAGAAAUUCACAUUUCAUUUUCACUUACAUUAAUUUACUCGGAUCCGCAGUCGCAACAGAACUAUUGAGUUGAAGUUAUUUGAAUUUAAAAUUAUUUUGUAGAAAAGUUUGGUCUUAACACUCAACAAUGGAAAGUUAGCAACAUGUAAUAAUUAGAAACCUGUGCUAAAGCUGGUGAAAGCAGGCUACUACUGAACUGGUUAUCUGCUGUGACUUACACAGUCACAAUUACGAUCACAAUUCAAUUUGUUCCUUAAAUACUUUAUAAUUUUGGCUGUUGUCAUGUCGGUGAAGAAACUCUCUCUUUCUGUCUCUCAACUGUUUUACGUUUUGUUCGUGCUCUCUGUACACCCCUCUCCCUCGGGAAUAUGCGUUCAUGUACGUCUGACUGUGAGUAUGUAUGUGCGUGCACGGCCAUAUGAAUACUGGACUUCCAUUCGAAUGCACGUGGACUGUUUUUAAAUGUAUUUAUUUGGAGCCCAGGUGUGUGUUUGUGUGUGUGUGUGUGCGUGUGGGUGCGAGUUUAGUUUCUACAAUGACUUGAGAAGAAAGCCAUGUAUUAAAAAUAUCACAUUUAUGCUGCAGAACUGUUUUGAGGAACUGAUGGUUUGUGUCGUGGACUAACCGGCUUGCCGUAGGGCGCAGCAGGCCGUGGUGCGUACCGGACUUAGCAAUAUGAAAUCCCUCUGAAUCCAAAAAGCUUUAUGUAGAUCUCCUGUAUAUGAGUUGAGAACAGACUGUCUGGGUCUAUUGGUUCUGUUGUUUAUUUUUAGUUUGGCUGAGAUAUGAUUUUUGUUGUGCUUAUUUUUAUUUUUUUCUCUAUGACAUAUAAAUGCGUAUAAAACUGUGAAAUCCAUUGUGUUCAGUUAAAGGGUGAGUUUUAGGCUAGUUUUUUUUUUUUUUUUUUUGCAUGUCAAUCUAAUUUGUUCAAUUAUGGAUGAUUUCUCCUUUCUCCAUCUCUUUUCGCGCUACACACACACAUACACACACACACAUAUAAAUAUAUAUAUAUAUAUAAAUAUAAAAAUAUAUAUAAUCUCGCUCUCAGGGUCUUUCACAAAUCCAUUAUCCGAAAUACUUCAUGUUCUUAUUUCCUGAGUUGCAAUUUUCCAAGUCCUGAUUAUUUUGUCUUUUUUUAAAAUAAUGAUUCAGAACUGUCAAUCACUACAUUUAGCACUUGACUGUGAACUCAUCAUCACCUAACAGAAAAGAUGUCAUUUAAUUUUGGUGUUUUUCUAGCCAGAAUAUUGUGUGACAUUGUUGUUCUGUUCUCCCCUCUCACUCGGACAUUUGGUUUAAGCCUUUUCUGUUUUUUGGUUGAACCCUCAUGUUGAACUUUCUGUCCUGGUCAGAGGUCAAAGGGAACGUCAGAGAGGAGAUUUAAGCACAUCCCUCCACUAACACAAACACACACAUACAUGCUGGACCUCAAUCAGAAAGCAUUAACACACAAUCAUCUGGAAAACUUUUAAUUUUCUGUGAUUGUGUUUCCAUCGUUCCUUCCAUCCCCUUGUCUGUCCUCUCCUUCCCCCCACGUGAGUAAAACAUGACAGUGUUUCACAAAGUCAAAAGAUGUAAACCUGUUCUGUAUUCAACCCAAUAAGAAAAAGCAAUAAAGAUUAUAUUAAGGAAAGGUGUGUGAAUCAAA